UCAAAACCACUUAAGCCCCGCCCGUACUUGGAGCCCCACCUCCUGACACUGUCUAUUCUCAAAGCUCCACUUUCUAGCCCGCCGCUGCCGCACCUCGGAGCCCUCACCUCCAUGAAGCUCCUGCAAAAAACCCUUUCUUGGCCACACUCUUUCUGCCCAUUCUCGAAGCCCCGCCUCCCAGACCCUGCCCCUUCUCAGUCCCACCCUUUACCCUUCCCAGCUCCCUGUGCGGGGGGCGGUUGCGGGGGUUGGCGGCUUUGAAAUCUUCAAGUCUCCAUCCACACCCCCACCUUCCAGUAUGCGGCCUGUGUGCCCCUGACCAGGGCUCCAGCCUCCCUCCGCCCACACACUCUGUCCUGCCCCAGCUGUGACCUCUCCCCAAGCUUUAUUUUGCCCUGGGGCCCCUGUCUCUCCACCCGCGCCCAUCAGGGACGGUUUGAAGUCCCUCUCUGCUCUUUGUGGGACUUGAGGCUGCCAGGUCCUCUCGGCUCCCAGUACAGCCACCAGGGGCACUCAGCUGUGAGAGGGGGCGGCUGCUCCUCCACGUGCAGGUGGGGACGUUGGCCUCAGCCAGAGCCGCUUCUUAGUCCUGUGGAGGCUCAGCGAUGGGACAGCUCUCCAGAUGGGGCUGUCCUGGGCCCUGCAGGGCGCUGAGCAGUGUCCCCAGCAUCCACCCACUCUGUGCCAGGAGCACCCCAGUCCUGACUACCACAAAUGUCCCAGACCCUGUCCCUUGCCCCCAGGUCGGGGUUCCACCGAACCCGAGAGACUUCAUCCCAUCACCAUCCGCCCCCCGCCGCCACCCAGCCACUCCGAUGCCUCUUUCCGGCAGGGCUCCCUGCUGAGGCCGGGCCACAGCUUUCUGCGGGACGGCACCUCGCUGGGCAUGCUUCGGGAGCUGAUGGUGGUCAUCCGCAUCUGGGGCCUGCUGAAGCCCAGCUGCCUGCCCGUGUACACGGCCACCUCGGACACCCAGGACAGCAUGUCCCUGCUCUUCCGCUUACUCACCAAGCUCUGGAUCUGCUGUCGCGAUGAGGGCCCAGCGAGCGAGCCAGAUGAGGCACUGGUGGACGAGUGCUGCCUGCUGCCCAGCCAGCUGCUUAUCCCCAGCCUGGACUGGCUGCCCGCCAGCGACGGCCUGGUCAGCCGCCUGCAGCCCAAACAGCCCCUACGUCUGCAGUUCGGCAGGGCGCCCACACUGCCUGGCAGUGCUGCCACCCUGCAGCUUGACGGCCUCGCAAGGGCCCCAGGCCAGCCCAAGAUCGACCACCUGCGGAGGCUGCACCUUGGCGCUUGCCCCACGGAGGAGUGCAAAGCCUGCACCAGGUGCGGCUGCGUCACCAUGCUCAAGUCGCCCAACAGGACCACGGCGGUGAAGCAGUGGGAACAGCGCUGGAUCAAGAACUGCCUGUGCGGCGGGCUGUGGUGGCGGGUGCCCCUCAGCUACCCCUGAGCCCGGCUGCUGCGAGCCACCGCUCUCCCUGGACGCUCCUUGGCGCAGUUAACCUCAGCCCACCUGGCAGGGCCGUUGAAGGCCACGGGCCGGACGCCUGCAUGACCAGCAGAGCUGCCGAGGAAGCCCCUGCCUUUGUCCAGCUGGGCCCGUGGCCCAAUACCGCCCUCCCAGGACCCCCAGAUCCCUGGACCAUCCGCAUCCAGAGGACCGUCUGUGACGGCCGGGGGGUCCCCGCGGACCUCGGGGUGACCCGGCUCGGGCACCUGCCUCGGUUUCCUUGCCUCUCCUGCGGAGAGCGCCGAACCUGGACAAGCUGCAGCUGGAAAGGGCAAGUCCAAUAAACGCCCUCUGCGCCCAGGCCCCCGACCCCACCCACAGCCUCGGUGUGGUGCCCGGGAGCCUGUGUCCUCUUG